CGGAGCCAGGGAGAUGUUGGAUGAUCCAGGUCUGCUGCUCAGAGAAGGUUGGUCAUGUAAAGGUUUUGGGUGGCUGGCAGUUUGGGAGGGAUUUCUCCCCAGGAUCAGGGGGCUCUGAGAUGUCUAACACAAAAGUUCUCAUGACUAGAGCUGACAGUAUAGAGAAGCUACUGUCUGAAAGAAAAUACCAAGAUAUUGGAAUUCAUCUUGCAUAUCUUGAAACAGUGGAUAUGACUAUUGAUGAUUUGCAGGAGACUGAUGUUGCCAAAGCUGUGUUCAGAAUCUUUAAGACUUGCCCUUCUGUAUUACUGAAAAAUAAGGCAAAGCACUUACUCUCAAAGUGGAAAGCAGUUUAUAAAAAGCAUUACAGUCCAUCAAGGCAAUUUAAAUGUGCAUCAUUUGAUAAUGCAAAUGAGGAUUCUGGUCACCUUCAGGUAGUCUCUGAAGAUGUAAACACUUCUGAAAAUCUGAACCAGCAUGACAAAAUGUGUUCUGCCAGUUCCAGUAGCUGUCUGACAUCAGAAAAUCCUUCAAAUGAUGGUGGCAGUCAUGUGCAAAAAGAUAAUGCAGCUCAGCCAGCACUUCUGGGUUGUACCAGUUCUGUAAGUGAAACAGGCCAACGGCAGGAUCUCACUAUGGCUGUGAGGUGUAAAUGCACACAGCUUCUUUAUGAAGCUUUGACUGUGUCCUCAACAAGUAAUGAAGAAAAUGAAAAGCACCACAAAAUAGCGGAAGAAAUUGAAGAGCAUGUUUUUGCACUUUACGCUAGCAAUGAUAGAAAGUACAAAAACUGCAUCCGAAGCAAAGUUUCUAAUCUGAAAAAUCCUAAAAACUCUCAUUUAAAACAUAACCUGUGUAGUGGGGUUCUUAGUCCUAAGAGGUUUGCUGAUAUGUCUGCAAUGGAAAUGGCGCAUGAUGAACUGAAGCAGCUAAGGGCUUCAUAUACAGAAUCAGCGCUUCGGGAACAUCAACUUCCCCAGAGGAUCAGUGGUACACCAACAAACAAAAUAAAAUGUAGGCGCUGUGAAAACUUUGAUUGCACGGUUACAGUGAUUGCCAGGGGAGCUCUUUUCCUUCCUAGUUGGGUACGAAACACAAAUCCAGAUGAGCAAAUGAUGACUUAUGUAAUUUGUAAUGAAUGUGGAGAGCAGUGGUAUCACAGCAGAUGGAAUUGUUUGUAGUUAUGUGUUCUGUAAUGAUGGUGUCUUCAGAGGAGAAAAUACGAAAUUAUUAAACGGCAUCUGAAUAUGGAAAUAUUUUCAAGUCCUUCAAUGUUUGUCAUGAAAUAAAAAACUAUAUGUGACUCAUGAGACAAAAUAGUUACAAUAUUACUAAAGAGAUUGGCCUAAAUCCAGUUGUUAAUCUCAAUGGGUCUACUGUAUUUGGAAUGAACUAUUAGAUUUAUGCAAGAGUGGGAAUCAUGUAGCCCUCUAAAAUAUAUCUAGAGAAAUCCUGGGAGUUGCAAUCCAACAUUAUCUAGAAUUUACACAAUAUUGGAUUGGAAUUCCCAGCAUUUCUCAUCACUGUGGUGUUGGCUAAAGCUGCUGGGAUUUGCACUGCUACAAUAUCUGAAGUGCUGCAUGCUUUCAACUCUGAUGUAGGCCAUUAUCUGGAAAUCAGAAUGACUAACUCUUUUUCCCCCCUGUUAUAACAAUUAAUGUUGUUGUUCUAGUUAAAAUUAAUGUCAUUUGAUUUUUCAAAUGUAUGCAGGUUGAGUCUC